AUGACUCCUGCAAUCAGUCUGGUGGCGUUGGCGCUUAUCGUCGUCGUGAUAGCUUAUUCCAUUCGGCCCUUGACACUGCAAGUUCUACGGCUUUCCAAACCGUCGUCGUUCCCUUUGGUCAACGGCAAACGCCCUUUCGAGCUCACCAAUGGUCGCCCGAAGAAACUGUUCAUCGUCAAGGCCGGGGAUAUGAUAUCAAACCGCCUUGCGCAAGUUCCAGGGCUGCCUUUUCGCAUGCUUGCCGACGUUGGAGAGAUCCUUAUUCUUCCAGCCAAGUACGCCCAUGAGAUUCGCAAUCACGACGAGCUCAGUAUCACACAAGCAUCUUUCAAGUGGUUUUAUGCGCAUCUUCCAGGAUUUGAAGGUUUCAGAGAAGGGACCAAUGAAAGUUAUGCCAUGAAGCAUGUUGCCAUGCAUCAGCUUACGCACCAACUCACCCUCGUAACAAAGCCAGUCUCCGACGAAUGCAAAGUGGCCUUACAAGAGAUUUACACUGACAAUGAAGCUUGGCAUGAGGUCGUGGCCAAAGAAGUCAACUUGCAGCUCAUAGCACGCAUCACAUCACGCGUGUUUUUGGGGCUGAAGAUGUGUCGAAAUCCUCAGUGGCUCCGCAUCAUGUCCACGUAUACGACCGUGGCCUUUCAGGCGGUGGAAGAACUUCGCCUGUGGCCACACUGGCUUCGGUCCACUGCACAAUGGUUCCUCCCACAUUGCACCUCAGCUCGUGCCUUGGUCCAGGAGGCAAGAGAUCUCAUCAAUCCACUAAUAGAGGCCAGGCGUUAUGAAAAGGCUGCCGCCGCUGAGCGAGGAGCCAAGUGUGAGUACAACGACGCCAUCGAGUGGUUGGAGCAAACAGCUCGGGAGAAACAUGUGAGCUACGACCCGGCGUGUGCUCAACUUUCUCUCUCAAUGGGAGCGCUGCACACCACAACCGACUUCCUUACUCAGGCCAUGUUGGACAUUGCCAGUCAUCCGGAGCUCAUCGAGCCCCUUCGUGAAGAAAUCAUCGCAGUGCUAAGCCAGAGUGGAUGGUCAAAGCACUCUCUAUACAGCCUCAAACUCAUGGACAGCGUAUUGAAGGAAAGUCAGAGGAUGAAACCGAUUUCAGUUGCAAGUAUGCGGCGCUUCACGACUGCGGAUGUGAACCUCGCAGACGGAACAGUUCUGCCCAAGAACAAAUUCGUACUGGUAUCUGUUGAAAAACACUGGAAUCCUGAAACAUAUGUGGAUCCACAUACAUUCGACGGCUACCGCUUUUUCAAUAUGCGCCAGCAGCCUGGAAAAGAGAAUACGUCCCAACUCGUAAGCGCCAGUCCCAACCAUAUGGGUUUUGGGUAUGGACUCCAUGUUUGCCCUGGGAGGUUCUUUGCCUCCGUAGAGAUCAAGCUGGCUCUGUGUCAUAUGCUCUUAAUGUAUGACUUCAAGCUGGUUCCAGGGUCAAACGUAGAGCCGCGGAAAUUCGGACUCAACAUGAACGCCAAUCCAACUGCGAAGCUAGCAGUUCGAAGAAGGACGGAGGAGAUUGCCUUCUAG